UGACGUCAUGGCAGCGCGCCGCGGACGAGCUAGGACCCCGUCGCGUUCAUGUCCCUCUGGUCCUUGAGCCGGCGCAGACGGCGAAGUCAUGGCCUUGAGGUUGCUGAGACUCGUCCCGGCGUCGGCUCCCGCGCGCGGCCUCGCGGCCGGAGCCCAGCGCGUGGUGAGCGGCGGGUGGCUCUCCUUGCUUGGAUCUCGGCCUGUCGGCUCCGAGCCCUGACGCUCCGGCGGCGUCUGUCAGACCCGUGAGCCGCGAGCUCCUGAGGCCUCCGCUCACAGCACCGGUGCAGCGGGACUCACUUUCCCGGCUGCAUACGGAGAGCCGAGAUGCCGGAGCUCCGGAGCCUGGGCCCGCAUGCUCAUCGGUUCAGAAACUGCUUUGUGGAACGCCUUGUAGACUCUGGGGUGACGUGAUGUGGAGCAGCAACAGAGAUUUGGGGGACGAAUUCAUACCAGUGUGCACUGCAAGCUGAGGUAUGGGCUUUUGGCCGCCAUUCUUGGUGAUAAGACAACCAAAAAGCUGCAUGAGUACAGCCGAGUGAUAACAGUAGAUGGGAACAUAUGCUCUGGGAAAAACAAGCUCGCAAAGGAGAUCGCACAGCAACUAGGCAUGAAGCACUACCCAGAAGCAGGGAUACAGUACUCAAGCACCACCACAGGCGAUGGAAGGCCCCUCGACAUAGAGUUUAGUGGCAGCUGUAGUUUAGAGAAAUUUUAUGAUGAUCCCAAGAGCAACGAUGGCAACAGCUACCGCCUGCAGUCCUGGCUGUAUGCCAGCCGCCUUCUUCAGUAUGCAGAUGCCCUGGAGCACCUGCUGAGCACAGGACAAGGUGUGGUCUUGGAGCGCUCCAUCUACAGUGACUUUGUCUUCCUGGAGGCAAUGUACAACCAGGGCUAUAUCCGAAAGCAGUGUGUGGACCACUAUAAUGAAAUUAAGCGGCUCACUCUCCCGGAGUACCUGCCACCACACGCAGUCAUCUAUAUCGAUGUGCCCGUGCCGGAGGUACAGAGCAGGAUCCAGAAGAAAGGAGAUCCACAUGAAAUGAAGGUCACCUCUGCCUAUCUCCAGGACAUCGAGAAUGCGUACAAGAAAACCUUCCUCCCCAAAAUGAGUGAAAUGUGUGAGGUGUUGGUGUACGAUUCCUGGGAAGCUGAAGACCCAACCAAGGUGGUAGAGGACAUUGAAUACCUUAAGUACAACAAAGGGCCUUGGCUGAAACAGGACGACUGGACCUUUCACUACCUGCGGAUGCUGGUUCAGGAUAAGACAGAAGUGCUGAAUUACACGACCAUUCCGGUCUACCUCCCAGAAAUCACUAUUGGAGCUCAUCAGGGUAGCCGGAUCUACAACAGCUUCAGAGAGCUGCCAGGCCGCAAGUAUGCCCCUGGGUACAAUGCCGAGGUGGGUGACAAGUGGAUCUGGCUGAAGUGAAGGGUCCCCUCCGCCCAGCCGUGUCAUAGCCAUGGAGAUGCCUGCUCUGCCCAACUCUGUGAACUCCAGAGCUUUCCAAGACAACAGGAAAAAAAGCAAAUGAUCAAGAAAUUGCCAGAAAAAAAAAAAAAUCUAACAAAAAGAGUCUGACCCACGCCUGGGCAGAGAUGAAAGAAUCAGCGUCCACUGAAAAGGUUCUGGAACCUUCUAGUGAUGUUUUGGAAUCAUCUGGAGGAGAAACAAAGCAGAGCUGGUCUGCUGAAAGCCCAGCUCCCACUGGAAGCCCCGUGCCCCAGUGCUGUUCCCUUGAACCCUUCCAACUUGAAGAAAUAAAGCCGGCUCUGUAGCCCCUC